CUGUUAUGUCAUGCAAUCAUAGAACAAGAACUUCCGCUUUACUUUCAAAAAAUGACGACAGGAAGUAAGUGUAUUUGUCUUUAUGUCUUUAUAAAGUGGGAUUAAAGGUCGUCAAUAACUCCGAAUUCUCAUAUUUUGCCGAUUUAGUAGUCACGCUGUAAGUCUGAAUAGGACUCACUGGUUGUGUUGUUAGUUGUGUACGUUAAAGCUAAGUGCGUAGGCCAACCGAAAGUUAUGAAGCUAAUGCUAAUGUUGAUGUGUAAACACAGCGUAAAUAGAUCCGAAAUAGCUUUAAUUAUGUUGUUUGACUCUCACAGCGAUACAAUAUUACACGAUUAGUUUCAAAAGCGGGAGAUGGGUUCAAAUAUGUAUGUAUGUAUAAUAUAUACACACAUGUAUAAUAUAUGUGUGAACUUGGCCAUAUUACAGCUAACUAUAAACACGGUCUGUGAGUGGAGCUGAAUCACACUCAGCUGAUGUUCUGAUCGUAUUAACACAUCAGAAACAUUGGUGAUGAGAUGUAAAGAGCAGAAAAGACAAGCUUUAGUGAGUUUUUUUAUGUACGUUAAUUUGCGGAUCAUCACUUGUUACUGCCCCCUAAAGUUAGAUAUAAAAGCACAUGGUAAUGAGUAAUAUGAGGGGGUAAAGUCCCGUUGACAGGUCGACCUUCAAACUUGUCAAGACGAGAAUACGAACUAAAAAAAUGCAUCUCAGAGCAGGAGGUUUUCAAGUUCUCCUGUUUGAGUCUGAUUGUGUUAGUUUUCUAUUGUUCUGUAUCUAUAAUAAAACUAGUGGUGCCGAUCACUUCAUAUUAAAUUCAAAUUAUUAAUUAUACAUCAAUUGUGGUAUCUAUGAGCUACAACAUAAAAGUCCACCAUUUUAGCUUAGAGGACUAAUAAUAAAGUCAUAAUAGAAGUUCAGGGGUAAGUUGAGCCAGUGGAUCAACUGAGAAAGUAAAGGAGUCUGAUGAGAGGAUCAGAGUUUCAGUUCAGAUUGUUGAAAUGUGUUACUUUUUCUUUUCAAAAAUACAGCUGUGAAUGUUCUGAAUCACUCAAAGACAUUCUCAUGUUAAAAUGGCUUUUUACAAAACAGCUUUUUAGCAGUUAUAUGCAGUAAUAAUAACAAUAAUUAUUGUACCAGUUGAAAAGCGUAUAACAAAUAAAAAUACACAUGAAUGUGAAGAAGUGACUGUUAUUUAGGGAGAGAGAAGGUGAGGGUUGGGGGCUUGGGUGGAGGGGGGGGGGGUGUAGGGAUACGGCUCAACUUACACAGGGUAAGUUGACCAUAGGAGACCACUUUUUGACAUGCUACAUUAUCAAGACAGUUCUGUUUACACUCAUUCUGUUGGUUUGCAGGGAUACAAAACAUCCUGAAAUAUAUGCAGAUACACUAGUUAGAGACAAAACUGUGAUUGCCUUGAUGUAGAGAUCUGAAAUAUGAAAAAUGGCUCAUCUUACCCCACUCUACCCUACUUAUUUUUUGGAACUUUGUAGAAUGAGUCCAAGUUUUGUGUGUUAUACGAUGACACCAGAUGUCAAAGUACAGUCUGCUUAAGAAAUCUUAUAUCUCUUUUAUGGAUUGAGUAAAACUAUAAUAUUAUAUGGAGUCGACACGGGCUGGAUAACAACCCAGUGGAAGAAACUUGAAAAUCUGGUUUGUCAUUGACUCUAUAAAACUUGUGAGAGAGUUUGAGAGCUGAUGAUUUGUACUUUUGUCACUUUUGCUUUUAGGCAGGUACAGAUAGGUUGUCCUGACCAGCCCUGGAGAAGUAUAAUAUGUGUGUUCUCAUCCAAUGAGUUGGUUGACCCUCUCUACAACAUCAUGAACGACACUGAAAUGGAAGCUGCAGCCUUGUCAGGCAUCUCCUCCAUAGGAGAAGCAGUGUCUGGAAGAGGAGAGAAUGUUCAUUAUCAACCUCAAGAUCAAGAUGAAGAUGAAGAUGACGAUGACGAUGUUUAUUACAUCCCACCAAGGAGGCCGUCUCUUGACCUUGGGAACGGUGCAAUGGACAUCAGCAACUGGUACUAAGACUUUUACAUACUUCUUUAUAUAACUAUAGAGUAGUAGUUUUAGAGCAGGUUGUGCAAUGUCCAUGGCAGAAAAAGAUAGCUUUCUCUUUAAAGGAUCCAGUACAAAGUGAAACUACAUUUCUCAGGAAUUCUGUGAAAAAACAGUAGUGAAAACAGAUCAGGAGCUCCCCCUGGAGGACUAAAUAGAACUCUACUUGUCUUGUUUGAUAUAGUCAGUGGUCAUAUUGAAUAACCGUGUCCUGCAGUAAUAUUAAGGUUCUUGAUUCAACCGACCAGUUCAGUGACCGAUACAGAGUUGGAAGUGAGCCUCUUUAUGUCGGUCAACCUUCUUUAGACCUUCUCAUUUUUAAUUGAAAUACAAAAGACUUGAAGGUGCUAGAGAAAGUGCUUUAACAUUAAAAUGAUCUUGUCUAGCAUAUGUUAGUCUGGCCUUCCUGAGUGGCUAAACUGUAAUCCUGUCAUCCAUUUUCUUCAGGCAUCGUGUGGACCAUGCCGUGGCUCCAGCUCUGAGCUACUGUUCAAUGAAAAGUGAGGAGAAUGCAGACAACAUGGAGGACAUGGAGGAUGAGGAUGAAGAGGGGUGCUCCACAAGGUUCAAAAGAUUUCAGAAAAUAACUAGAAAAGCUACUUUGCCUGUACCUCAGAGAAACUAUACCAUGAUAGUAGCUAUGUUAAAUACUCAUAAAGCGUGGUUGUCUUUCUUGUUUUAGGAUCCACCUGUACAGAGCUGAUUCAUUCUCUAGCUGCUACUCCUUUGACAGCGAUGACUGUGAGAAGAGAACACCAAAGUAAGAAAUGCAACCAGUGCAUGUCAUUUCUAAGUGUUAAGCCACCUCCUCACAUGAUGUAUGCCGGCUGCAUAAUGCCUUGAUUUUAAUUUCAAUGUGUAUGUUAAAGGAUGAGACCCUCCACAUCACUGGAGUGAGCAGUGGGUCUUGCAUAACAAAGAUGAACAGAAGAGAAUAGAUUUUUUUUACUCAAGGUCAGUGGUGCUCAAGUCUAGUCCUCGAGGCCCCCUGUCCUGCAUGUUUUUGAUGUUUCCCUGCUCCAACACACCUGAUUCAAAUGAUCAGCUCGUUAUUAAGAUCUGUAAUGGCUAAAUAACGAGCUGAUCAUUUGAAUCAGGUGUGUUGGAGCAGUGUAACAUCCAAAACAUGCAAGACAGUGAGCCUUGAGGACUGGACUUGAGAACCACUGCUCUAUAUGUACAUGGAUCUAUGCAAAAGUGAACAGAAAAACAUUAGUCGAGGGUUGUGUUGGCUCUAUAUCAACUGUGUCCAGGUCACAAGCAUGAAAGGUGUACUAUGACCUAACUUCUUGAAUAGAUUUCAAAGUAAACGUCUGACCUGUUCUUUCUGUGGAGAGGCCCCUUGUUUUCACACAAUGCUCGUAUUCUGAAGCUGUGUCAGGGCCGUUAUUUAGUUAAAGAAGGGACUAGUGUGGUCUAAAAUCCACGUCAGCUGCAGGAAAGCAUGGGUAAUUAUCAAAUCUUAACAUCUGGUUAUGGAUAAUAUAAAAAAAUUUGCAGACACUCUUUCAUGAGUCUGCCAUCUCUCUUCUCGGCUGAUGUCUGUGUGAGUCUUCCACCCAUUUUUGACAUAAGUGAUCCUUUCCCGAUAGUAUUACCCCCUAAUACUGUUAUAACACUGGAAAAAAUGCCCUGACACAAAAAAGUAAAGAAAAUGAGGCCAUCAUUUAUCAUGCUCUACAUUAUGUGCUUAAUCAAGUGACACCUGGUUAUGUGAGUCUCUCUCUUUCUCUGUUUCCUUCUGUCUGUGCAUAAAGCACCUGAUAGUUGAAAUUAAUUAGUUGAAAUGGCGUGCAUCAUGGGUGAAACUGGUGUUUUUGUGUGUUUACUUAUAAUAAAAGUGAACCCUAAAGAAUGUUAUUCUCCUGUGGCCUCACCAGGGAUAAAGACAUAGAAGAAGAUGUCCCAGAGCUAACUGACAGGCCUGAGUUAAUCACAGACCCAAAUGAGAUAAGGCAUCCCUCUCUGACAGUCGCGUUCACUUUUAAGGUCAGUAUGCGUUACCUCUUCUGUGUUUUAGGUUCGAAGAAAUUAAGCAGAGCAUAUCUUCUUUUCUAGAGCAACAGCAGUGAUUUUUGUCAUUUUGCCAUCAGGCUAUCUGUAAAACCCUAAAGGAGUUGUCUGAUGAGAACUUGAAGACCGUGAAGAUGAUGCUGUGGAAUCGUUACCCUCAGACCUUUACCACUCCUCCACAUAGUAUGGAUAUAGUGGACCUUGUGGACCGACUGCUGGAGUGUUACAGCCUGGAGGUGUCUUUGCAGAUCACCAGAAGCAUUCUGGAGGAAAUGGAGCGAAAGAAGUUGGUUGAUUACCUGAAGACUCUGUGCCUCAGAAGUAUGUUGAUUUUGUAUCUCUGUAUCUCUGAAAAGCUUCUUUUAAUCUCUGAAAAGAAGAAGCUAAAUUUAGAGGACUAUUGACUGUGCAACAACAAUUGGCGAGUAUUUUGACUCCUGUGAAAAAUACUGACUGAUUAUCAGAUCUUUAGAAAUAAUAUUUAUGUGUUUUUCUCUUUCCAGAUGAAGUACGCCAUGAUCUAAGUGAGACUCUGAAGAAAAAAUAUGGCAAAGUAUGUGAGGGUUUUACUACACAGGGAGCAAAAACGCCCAUAGAUGAUAUUUAUACCAAUCUUUUCAUCACCACAACAUGUGAUAAUGGUCCAAAUAUUGAACAUGAGGUAAUGACCAUAGAAAAGCUGGACAGCAACCGAGAAGAAGGGACCCGGCUCUCUAUAGAUGAUAUUAUGAGUGCUAGACGGCUGCAGGACAUGAACAUGAGGUCUCUGUUGAUCACUGGUGUGGCAGGAUCAGGAAAGUCUAUGGCAGUACAAAAAUUAAUAUUGGAUUGGAUUGAAGAGAAGUCGCACCAACAUGUGACUUUCCUGUUUCCUUUGCCGUUCAGAGAGCUCAAACAGUUUGAGGGUAGCAAGGUCUCUCUUUUGGAAAUUAUACAGACUCUCUACCCAGAGACCAAGAGGCUGAGGGACGAGGAUUAUAGAUCUGAUAACUGCAAAAUGCUGUUCGUCUUUGACGGGCUUGAUGAGUACAAGGGGAACCUUGACUUUCAGAACACUGAGCUUCUCUGUGAUCACACUGAUCCGACCUCCCUGAACAUCAUUGUGGUCAACCUUCUCAGAAGUAGGUUGCUCUAUCGCGGCCUCUUCAUCAUCACGACACGCCCGCAAGUGAAGCGCUGCAUUCCUUGGGAUGCGCACUAUGACGAGAUAGAAGUGCGUGGAUUCUGUGACUCUGAAAAAGAUGAAUACUUCAAGAAGAAAUUUCAGGAUCCGGAUCAAGCAGCUCGAGUUAUUGAGUACAUCAGCUCUUUAAAAACACUCCGCAUCAUGUGCCACCUGCCUCUGUUUUGCUCCCUGGUGGCUGAGGAGUGCCAACGUCUGUUUACUGAGCAGGGAGCAGAUGCGGAGCUGCCGCGCAGCAUCACCUACAUGUACACAAAGCUUCUGCUAGCACUCACACGUCAUCAUCGCAUGUCGAGAGCUCCAGAACUGAAACCGGAGGACGAGAGAGACUUCCUCAUGAAACUGGGAAAGUUGGCCUUCAACAUGCUGGAGCAAGGCCAGUUCAAGAUGAUCAAGUCUGACUGGAAGGAGGUUGGAAUCAGCGACGAGGAGGCAGUGGUUAACAGUGGCCUUUGCACACAAUAUGUCACAAAACCAUUUGUGUUGUUUCAAGAGAAAGUCAUCAGCUUCAUUCACCCCACCAUGCAGGAGUACCUGGCUGCUCUGUAUGUGUUUCUCUCCUAUAGCAACCAUGGUAAGAACAUUUUUGAGCAGCAUCUGAAGCAGAAGGUAAGGGGGAUGUUAAAAGGACACAAGAAGAUGGACCUCUACAAAAGUGCAGUGGACAGAAGCCUGCAGUGUGAGGAUGGUAAACUGGACCUUUUCCUGCGUUUCCUCUUUGGAAUGGCAACCAAGACCAACCUGGAGCUCAUCCAACCUUUUUGCACCUCCUCUUUAAAGUGGCCAACAGUCAUCAAAGAUGCUAUGGCACUCAUCAAGAAGAAGCUGAGUGAACAUCAUCCCCCCGGCAGAAAAAACAACUUGCAGCGCUGCCUGGAGGAGCUGGAUUGGUCAGCCUCAGGGGCAGCCGCAGCAUCCAGUUGAUCAUCAAACUCAAAAAUACAGAUGCCAAAGUCAUUAAAAACAAAAUACACUUGUUCUGAAUUCAAAGUGUGAAUGUCUCAGAACUGUGCCUGUCUUCACAAAGAAAUGUGUCUCUGGCUGACAUAAAUGCUCUGAUAAAGCCUUAAAGGAAAACACAAGAACCUGUAAAGCUGCACGAAUGUCAAAAGUGCAGGAAACAGAAUAUUGCAGAGAAGCAGAAGUGUGUUUUGAUAUAGAGAACUGAUGUUGGGACUUGUUUAUUUUUUCAAGAACUUUUAUUCAUUAUAUUUUUAUUUUAUCAACUUUAUAAAUUUAUAUUAUCAGUUACUAUGAUCACAAAAGAAUGCUACUAAAUCAUGUAUUUACUCAAUAAUCUGGCACUUUCUGGCAGCCAACUGACUGAUGGCCUUUAAUUUCCUGUCACCCACAUACUAAGUGUAUUUAAUUUGCUUUUCUUUAAAUGUUGCCUUAAGUUCCUGUAAGGAUUUUUUUUUUAAUACACUAUUUAACAAAAAAUUCAAAUUCAUACCAGGAUUUUUAUCAUCUACAAAAGCAAAUGAGACCCUUGGUAAAAAGACACUUUUCAUGAAGUUAUUUUGUGAUGCCUAAACCGCAGUCGCUACAUCGCAGCUUUUCUUUUCUUUUUACAUUUUCAAAGUCAAAGAUCUGAAAACUGGGGCUGGAAUGGUAAGGUUUUAUUUGUACUCACAGGAUAAAAAUCAGCAAAGAAAUAAGUCACACUUCUGUGGCCACAGGGGGCAACAAAGUAAACACAAAUCAAAAAUUCCUCAUAGGAGCUUUAAAUCAUAUCAAAAGUUUGUCUACAUUUGUGCCUUAUCUCUUACAAGUGUUGAAAUUAUGAAAGGUUUACAAAAUCAUAGUAUUGUCAUUUUAAAUUUGUAAACUUUUGUUGACUGUGUAUAAAUUCUUGUUAGUUGCUUGAAUUGAUAAUCUUGAGCAGUACUAAUAUAAUGCUGUGGUAGAUUGCAUCAUGAAGCGUUGAGCUUAGUGUUUUUUCCUGCUGACUUCCUGUCUGAUAUGUCAAGAUUUAAAUUGAAAACCGGAGGAAGUCUUUCAGCAAUCCAUCAGCACUGGACGCUUGAGUUUGUAAAUAAAAUGGAUUAAGGUCAUUAUAAUGGGAACGUUUUAAUGAUGAUUUUAAAACAUAGACACUAUGAUGGCAUACAAAGAGACAGCAAGUAGGCAAAUUGCUCAUACAGUUUUACACAUAUAAUCUGUUCAUUUAAUGACAAAAAGUAAACAGUUGUAAAAGAAAAAGAAAAAACUCCACAUCAUAACUGCCAAAUGUCAUUUUAAAGUAUUUCUUGGUUCCCUUUCAAGAAGAGUAGCUGCACCCAAAUUUUUCACACAUUGCCUUUUGAAACAGAGCUAUCAGAGAAAUAUCUGUAAUAAUGGAGCCAAAUGCAACACAGACUAGAUAUUUUCCAUCUUUGUUCAAUGUUUCCUCACUAUAGAUCUUCGUAGUAUUGAAAUAACAGAUGUUGACUCACAUGAGUCCCUUUGCAGAGAUUUUCACUUUGCAGUAACAUUUAGUAUUUUCUGUUUUUUCCUACAUUGCAUCUGCUUCUUUUUGUUGAUAAUGUCGUGUGUUUCAUGGCUGUUCCAGCAGCAUUGGUAACCACACAUGUGAAGGUGGAUUUAAGAUCCUCUGAUGUGACGUUCUUCAACAGCAAACUCCUCUGAAGGAUUUCACCGUCCUCUAAUGUGGAUCUAAAACAUUAAGGAUGCAUUAUUUGUAUGUUGGCUGGCAAAGUUUAUUCAGGAUUUCCUUCUUCUCUCACUUGUAAAAAUUUGUUAAGUAAAUUUCACUGAAACAACUUUUUGUUUUAAGAUGAUUUUGAUUAAAGUAAAACUCUGUUUUACUCA